AUGCUGACGAGCGGUAGGCUGAGCCCGGGUAGUUCACAAGCGGCGAUGGUUGGGGUGAUGAAGGUAACGACAACAGUAGCUCCGAUGGAGUUCUUGUUGGGCAGCUCGGACAGCAUUAUUCAUUCCUUGCUUGGCUAUGUAAGGGUUCCAUAUCCAGACACAAAUUUUGUAAUGGAGAACACUAAUGGCACUUUUUACGAUAGGGAUAAACUUGAUCUCGACGGGCAGGUUGAAAGGAAGGAUAUUUAUAAUGAUAUUGAGGGGGUUGGCCUGUACUCAGUUUCCAGGUUGUGGAUUUCGGGCUUGUGUUUUAUGUACGUGGAAUUCCAUGCCGGUGGCUUUUCUUUCAAGAGAAAGGAAAAUGGAUGCACUGCUUCAAAAAGAGUCAAUUGUUCAGCCCAGACACCUCCUCCGGCUUGGCCGGGCCGGGCUGCCGUCGAUUCCGACAGAAAAUUAUGGGAGGGACCGAAACCCAUUUCAAUUGUUGGAUCCACUAGCUCCAUUGGAACACAGACAUUGGAUAUAGUUGCUGAAAAUCCGGAUAAGUUUAAGGUUGUUGCUCUUGCCGCUGGUUCAAACGUGACUCUUUUUACCGAUCAGGAGACUUUAGCUGAUGUUCAAGAAAAGCUCGAGAUCAUACCGGGAGAGGAGGGAAUCAUUGAGGUCGCUCGGCAUUCAGAUGUUGUUACUGUGGUGACGGGGAUUGAUGGAUGUGCAGGUUUUGAAGCCGCCAUAACAGCAGGAAAAGACAUAGCUUUGGCUAAUAAAGAGACAUUAAUUGCUGGAGGGCCUUUUGUUCUUCCUCUUGCACACAAGCACAAAGUUAAGAUUCUUCCGGCAGAUUCCGAACAUUCAGCUAUAUUUCAACGUCGAAAUUCUAAUAAGUGCAUACAAGGCUUGCCCGAAGGUGCUUUGAGGCGCAUAAUUUUGACGACAUCAGGAGGAGCAUUCCG